GCGUCGAUUGGCCAACCAAUCGCAAAUGAGCCCCUGCAGAAAAGAAUACUUCGAGACACUCCUGGAAAGGAUGAGGCUCUGGAUUCCUUACCCACCGUGGACGUCUACCUCAGCGACAUCACUGACAUUGAAGAUGCUGUCAUGCUCUCAGUAGAGGACCAACAAGAUGGCUGCAAAAAUGGUAAAUGCUGCGUUUAUCCGUGCGUGUAG